AUGGAAUCUAAGUACGUAGUGGAGAAAGGUCUACGAAGCGUCAAGCCGUAUUACUUUGAGUAUAAGACACCAUUCAAACCUCGAUGGGCUAACAUGACAGCCAAACAGGUCCUCUGUAAGGAAUUGGGCCAGGUAGACUCGGUGGUGGACCAAAGUAUAGACAGGGGCCAUAUUUACAUAACGAAGAAUAAUGGAAAGACUGGAGGGCCCGUAGCGAUCAAAUUUGACAUGGCAAGAACACAUAAGCUUCAGCCUCACGAUAUCAUCUACAACAUACAACAUAUGCAUGAGCCUAGUGUGAUUUGGGAAACUAAUCUCGGCAAUGGAGAUUUAGAUGAGGAAGCUGGAUGUCUUCGAUUACGAGUAACAGGACGGUUUCAUGCAGAGGUUCAGAAUGCCAGAAUGCUAAAAAGUGGCCUCUGUAUUCUUUUUGAAAACGAGGACGUAGUGGUUGUCAGCAAACCUGGAGGUGUAGCCACGCAUCCAAGCGGAAUCUACCGACUCAACACGUUAACGGAAAUCGUGAGACAAGAGUUGGGUCAAGAAGUAUGGCCAUGCCACAGGCUCGAUAAGGCCACUCUGGGUGUGUUGGUGAUGGCCAAAACUAAAGGUGUAUGUACGAAGAUCAUGGAAACUAUCAAAGACAAGGAAGAAUCGAUAGAAAAGCAUUAUGUUGCACGUGUGAAAGGCAAAUUCCACGAAGAGUACCGUUACUGUUGUCCGGUGUUUACGGUCAACUCUGCCAGCAAAGGAUAUAUUAAUGUUCCCAACGCUAAACAGGUGAGUACUGGUUCUACGACGAUAUUUCAGAAAAUCAAGUAUCUCGCAGCAACAGACGAGUCCAUUGUGAAAUGCCAGCCUAUUUCAGGUAAAAUGCAUCAGAUUCGUGUGCAUCUUCGGAAUCUUGGGUUCCCGAUCUCCAAUGAUCCACUCUAUAAUCCGAAAACUGAGGUGAACAGGAGAAAGAAUGAGAUUGAGAUGAUGAUUUAUAACAAGAUAUUCACCCGAUGGCCCUCGUUACGUUAUGGAAACAUUGAACAGGUUCCGCUGACAAUUGACGUCUCUUCGUUUAUUCUGGAAGAAAUACGUCUGGACAUAGACGGGUUGGCAGAUUUGAGAAAAGAGUUUGAAAGACAACAGGAGACACAAACUCUAACGACAGGUACAUCGUCAUUGUGUAAUGAAUGUGGGAGGCAGAUAUUCAAUAAUGAUCCAGAAACGGGAAUAUUUCUCCACUCGCUAAGGUUGAAGAGUCUUGGGGACAUGAACCUUGACUUUGCAACCGAAUAUCCUAAAUGGUGCGAAUAA